GUCAUUUAAAUAAAUGUGUGUGUACGGCAUGUUUAUGAAUCAUUUGAAAAUUGUGCGUUCUUAAAGUCGAAAAAUUUAUACUUAAGACAUAUUGUCCAUAACUAGGAAUACAGUGUAGUGCAACGACAAGAUAUUUUACCACUUUUCCGAAUAAGAAAGUCUAGAUAAAUCUAGGGCAAAGUGACUUAAUUUACAUCAAGUGACGAAACAAUUUUUAUUCAAGAAUUUUUUUUGUGUGUUUCCUUCAAGAACUUAAGCAGUGAAAAUAUUUAUUAUUUAAAGGUAAUAGAUAAAGCGACCUAUACAAUAUAUGGUGUAUGAAUCGUAUGUAUGUUCUGUGUGCACUUUUUAUUCUCCUCGAAUAUAAGAUAUGAAUUGGAACACCUUGAAUAUUGCUUCUGUUUGAAAUAAACGGAGGAAGGGGUCACAAUAUAAUAGCCACAUCUAUCGAUAUUAUAAAGUCAUGACUUCUGUCAGUCAUUAAUCAAGUUCUGUCUUGUGUUUCAAAUAACCAAAUGAUGCGGUGACUUGCUCUUUGCUUCGAGUAUAUUGAGUUACGGAUUAUUUUUUUGUUAAAUCCACUUUUUGUUUGUUGUGGUCGUUUGGCGGUGUCACUAUCGGAAUUUUAAUAUUUUGUGAUUGCGCAACACAUUCUCGAUUCCUUUGCAACGAUUUAAAUGAAAAAUCUUUUGUGGGAAUUUGUCAUAAUUUAGCUGAAAUUGAUUGAAGUGAUUAACAGAACGACAACAACGAAGAAAAAUGGGUCUACUUACCGAAGGCAGUCCGCUAAGUUGGGAAGAAACAAAGAAACUAUCCAAGCAUGUUCAACAACAUGGAAUCGAACAAUUCAUUCAUUUGUAUGAACGAUUGCGUGACCGACAAGGCGAUAUCCUUAAAUGGGGUGACGAGGUCGAAUAUAUCUUGGUGAAGUUUGACGAUGAAAAUAAAACGGCUCAGGUAUCACUACGGGCUGAGGAUGUUCUGGCAAAGUUGAACGAAAAAGAAAUGGCCGAUCCGAAUGGCGUCAAAUCGCUAUGGCGUCCAGAAUACGGGGCUUAUAUGGUGGAAGGAACACCUGGAAAGCCAUACGGUGGUCUACUAGCACAUUUUAACGUCGUCGAAGCGAAUAUGAGAUACCGGCGUCAAGAAGUAACCGCACUACUGCCACCUGGCGAAACUGUUAUGUCCAUUACCAGUUUUCCGCGAUUAGGCACAAUUGGCUUUACUCAUCCUCGGUACCUGACAACACCAGAUGACGAAAACUCGUCGGCAAGGUCACUCUACUUUCCCGACGAAGCCAUCUAUCCCGGUCAUCCGAGAUUCAAAACACUCACACGAAACAUACGACAGCGACGUGGAGAGAAGGUGGACAUUAAUUUGAAAGUGUUCAAAGAUGAAAACACCCAACUGCCCGUUGAAGGCAGUCCUGCUGAUAAACCAGAUGCUGUGCAUUUGGAUGCUAUGGGUUUCGGUAUGGGCUGUUGUUGUCUACAAUUAACGUUUCAGGCCUGUAACAUAACCGAAGCACGUAUAUUGUACGAUCAAUUGACACCACUGUGUCCCAUCAUGUUGGCCUUUUCAGCUGCAUCGCCAAUACAUCGUGGUUACUUAACUGAGUCGGAUUGUCGAUGGUCAGUGAUCAGCGCGUCGGUAGACUGUCGCACGAAAGAAGAACGUGGCGAAGUGCCACUGAAAGAAAAUCAAUUCCGCAUCAACAAGUCGCGUUACGAUUCGAUCGACUCGUAUCUAUCACCAGACGGCGAACGAUACAACGAUGUUCCAUUGAUAUACGACGAAUCGAACUAUCAACGACUACGUGACGGCGGCAUUGACCAUUUGUUGGCCCAACACAUUGCUCAUUUGUUUAUUCGGGAUUCGGUGUCGCUGUUCAGCGAAAAAGUCAAUCAAAACGACAAAGAGGACACUGACCACUUUGAGAACAUCCAGAGCACAAAUUGGCAAACGAUGCGAUUCAAACCACCGCCACCGAACUCAACGAUCGGCUGGCGAGUCGAAUUUCGUCCAUGCGAAAUACAAUUAACCGAUUUCGAGAAUGCGGCCAUCGUGUGCUUCAUCGUACUGCUAACACGGGUGAUACUGUCGUACAAAUUGAACUUUUUGAUUCCGAUCAGCAAAGUGGACGACAAUAUGCAACGGGCACAGCAACGGGACGCGGCUCGUACGCAAAAGUUUUGGUUUCGCAAGGACAUAACUGGCAAAGCACCAUCGGCAACAACGAAUGGCGACACAAAUGGCGCAGAAUCGACGAAUGGUGUCGAUAGCGAUGCAUCCGCCGAGUAUGAAUUGAUGACAAUCGAUCAAAUUAUCAACGGGAAAGGAUCGUUCCCCGGACUGGUUCCGUUGAUAAACAGUUACUUAUCGUCGAUGGACGUGGAUGCUGACACGCAUUGUACGAUCCGGCAAUACUUGAAAUUGAUUCAACAGAGAGCGUCCGGCAAAUUGCUGACCAUGGCUUCGUGGAUUCGAAAUGAGGUGUUGACCCACCCAGAAUACAAGAAAGAUUCCAUCGUUAGCGAAAUCAUCAAUUAUGAUCUAUUGAAGAAGGCCAAGGACAUUCAGGAAGGUCAUAUUCCGUGUCCGGAAUUGUUGGGAACAUGUAACACAACCCGAACUACUGAUAGCAUUCCGCCAGCUAUUGUGAAGCAUUUGAAGUGCACAUGAAACAUUCAACAAAAAACAGUUUGGCAUUGGAUCUGCAUCCUGUUUGAAGCACAUUUCUCUGUUAACACAUUCGUACCGUUGAUACGUAGUAUGGUUUAGUUGUAGUUCUUGGCGGUGUAUAAUUUAUUGCAUUUACUAGAAUUUUAUGAGAGAAGAAAA